AUGGAUAUCCUCUUUACAGCCCUCCUUGUUGUGCCGCUUAUCCUGGGUAAGUCCACUUCUGACCCCGAGUUUUUGUACCAGUUCUUAUAAACGGGAUGAGAGAAAAGAUAGAAAGAGAAGGACAGGAAUACGAGGAAGGAGAAGAUCUGGAAGAUUACUAUCAAGUGAUAUAUUAUUAUUACACAGUUACCCCUAAUUAUGAUGACAUUAGUGCAAACUUCACUGUUGAUUAUUCCAUGUUUGAGUCAGAGGACAGGUUGAACAGGUUGGAAAAGGAAGUAACAACAGAAGCAGUAGAGACUACCAUUAGUCUUCAUACUCAACUUGUGGACCAUCAGAAUCCUGUAACCACGAGACCAGUGUCAACAGAACCAAGUCCAGAUCAGAAUGAUGCCAUGUCCAGUCUACAGAGUUCUGUGUCCUGUCUUCUCUUAUGGACCCUUCUUCAAGGGGGGAUACAUUUUAUGUAGACGGUGAGAGAAGGCUGCUAUGACUCUUCAGCCGAGUUUGGCAAGAAGUUGAAUGAAAAAUAAAA